AUGCUCAACUCAUCUCAGAGUCUCAACGUGUGGCACACUACGAGUUCAUCCGACACGCACUCUCUGCCAAUGCCGCCUCCCCCAGCCCCUCCCAUUACCUGGCUAGUGACCAAUGUCAACACAGCAUGUAGGUCGUGCUUCCUGUGUGGGGCAUGGUUCAACAACCCAGCGAUGGCCCAGCAGCACUACGAGGGGAAGAAGCACCGGCGGAACGCAGCCAGGAGACAACUACUGGAACAACUAGCUGAUAACCUGGACAGCAACCAGAACACAGGUUUGAGGAGCAAUUACAGCUGCAGUGUGUGUGAUGUCACUCUGAACUCAAUAGAACAGUACUACGCGCAUCUCCAGGGCUCCAGACACCAAAACAAGGACUCCUGAAGCAACCAGCAAACCAGGCUGUCGUCUUGUGAAACAGUGGACGUAAAGAAUCUAGCUAGCUAAAGCAUUUACUGCAAAUUGAAUGUACUGUUUGCCUUGCUGUUAUUUGCCAUGCAAUGUAGUGAGAUGACAUAACGUAGCUAGCUAUGUUCUUGUUUUUGGGCAGUGGGGGAUAAAAAUCCCUGUAUGCCUAUGGAUGUGUAGCUGUCUAGCAGGUCUGUGUAUGGACCCAAACGUUUGGUAUACAUAUUAGUUCAGAACCUAGAUAUGAACUUAAGCUAUCAUAGCCGGUUGUAUCAACUUCAAAACAGUCUGAAUGACAUUAAUGAAGCCUAUGGAUUGAGUAGAAUUUAAUAUAACUUUUUGCCAAGGAUGCAAGUCGUAUAUACAUGUAGCAUGAGAUCC